GAACAACGAAUCAGGAAGCUGCUCGAACAGGAAGAGAUAGGCGAUAGAAAGCCAUCUCAAUUCCUGCGACACCUGACCGCCCUGGCAGGCGCUACAGUCUCCACGGAGUUGCUGCGAACCCUGUGGUUAGGACGACUACCGCCACAGAUGCAAGCAAUAUUAGCAACGAGAUCCGCAGACGACUUAGAAGACGUCGCGGAACAAGCCGACCGCAUCUACGAGGUUGGAAACAAAGCAAUAGUUGCGGCAACGACAUCGCAUAGGGGAGCGCAAGCCAAACAGCAGGCCCCGGAUCCUCAGAUCGAAGCCCUGACGAAGCAAGUGGCAAUGCUAACGGCGCAAAUGAGCGCGAUGGCAAAAGCCAUGAAGCACCAGCAGAAGGACAGGAGCAGAUCAAGAAGCCGUUCCAGAACCAGAACACCGCAAGAGCCAGGGAUAU